AUGGGUAAAGUUACUCACAAAAGAAAUCCUGAUACUUCCACUGUCGAGACAUCUGCCAAUGCAUCUGAGAAUGCUGGUAUCGUUAUUUCUGCCUUUGACAACAGCACUACUGCCGACCAUUUCGCUCUGAUCACACACGCCGUUGAUCGCCAUCGACUUCGCAUCUUCAACGUGCGCUCGGGCACUGUCAGUAACGACUAUUCAGCUCAGGAGAAGGAAAAGAUUACAUGCUUGACUUGGGGAUACAUGAAGGACACUGGUGACUUACAAGCCAACACUGUACAAGCAUUCAAGAAAAAGAAGAGUGGCAUCGCAUCCUUGUCCAGAGUCAUCGCACUGGGCAUGCAAUCUGGAUCUAUUGCCAUGUAUUCUCUGUCGCAUGGUGCUAUUGUCAAGAAGCUGACUGGCUCUCAUACCACACCUAUCACCGAUUUCGUCAUGAACAAGGAUGGAUCAAAGGGCUAUUCAGUUGCAGAAGAUAACUUGAUUGUCGAGUGGGAUCUUGAGGAAGGCAAAGAGACAUUUAAAUGGAAGGCUGAUGCCAAGAACGUACGCAAACUCAAAUUGAGCCACGACGAAAAGAAACUGGCAACAGCAGGCCACACCAUCACACUAUGGGAUUUGGAGACACACAAUGUCAUUAAAAAGUUCACUGGACAUGCCAGCGCCAUCAAGGAACUGUCCUUUUCUCACCAAGACGAUGUGCUAGUAUCCAAUGCUGAGGACGAUCGCUACGUCAAUGUCUGGGAUGCUCAGUCUACCAAUACCAACUCAAAUAACCUCACUGCAUUGACAUUGGAAACAAACGUAUCGCACAUUGAUUUCUCCAGCACAGAGCCAUCCGUGUUGGCAGUGACGGACGACGGCCUUGUUGGCAUCUGGGAGAACGCUUCACUCACAUCUGCACAAACCAGCAACACUGGCAACAGAAGAAAGAUGAUGCGAUCCAUGACUAAAGAGGCUGAUGCCAACGUCAAGAUUGUUUCCACAGCAUCUGAGGACGUAGUUAUUCCCAUUUUAGCAGCUAAAUUCGUCACAGACAAUGGCGGUAAAUCGAUCAUGAUUGCUCGUGGCUCCAGUGUAAAGCCCUCGUUCGAAGUGGUCAAGUAUGCAAACGAAGAGACAGGCGCUAUUUUACCCGACAUUACACUGACCAGACAACCCAUCACCAACUACUUGAUUGAUACUGCCUCCAUCGCAGCCAACAACCUCAGAACCACCCGUAAAGCCUAUGAUGAAUCCACAGUGACGGUUGUUGGAAACACAGACUUUGCCAUCAAGGGGCCCACCAUGGCAGCCAACGAAGAUGAGAAAGAAGUGGAUGAAAAUGCAGAGCUCUCCAUUGAACAGAAACUUCAGAGCCUAGACGUCGUUGAUACAACAUCCACAAAGAGUAAAAAGAGCAACAAGAAGAAGACGAUUGAUACACCAUCCGCUGGAUCCUUGCAGACAGUGUUAGUGCAAGCAUUACACUCCAAUGACGCUGGGCUAUUAGAAGCAUGUUUACAGCACACAAAGCCCGAUGUAAUCAACAGUACAGUGAGAAGACUGCCCACAGAGUAUCUGAUCCCACUCUUGCUCGAGUUGAUUCAAAAGUUCCAAGAGAAGCCUGGUCGUGCUCCUGCGCUUUUGAUCUGGAUCAAGUCUGUCCUGUUGAUCCACACAGCUUAUUUAAUGACAGUGCCUGAUCUGGUUGGCAAACUCUCAAAUUUCUAUCAAGCUCUGGAUACGCGUCUUGGUGUCUUUCCUAAAUUACUGGCAUUACGAGGCCGUUUAGACAUCGUUCAAAGCCAAGUCAAUGUCAAAUCAUACUCCAACAUCAACGACAAACAAUUACAGCGUGCUCAAUUAGCAGAGAAUGUGUAUGUGGAACUGGAUUCAGAUGACGAAGCAGAGGCAGAGGAGGAUCUGCUGAGCAUGGAUGAAGAGGAGGAGGGCAUGUCAAGCGAUGAGGACGACGAUGAGGAUAUGAUGUCAGAAGACCAAGAGGAUGAAGACAGUGAAGAGGAGGAGGACGAAGAAGACCUUUAA